AUGGAUAAGACGCCUGCACCGCUCUUUCGCAACAACAAGAACAUCCCUCCAUCUUCCAACUUACCGUCGUCCUCACCGGCCUUUGGCACCCCAGCUCAUCCUCUGAAGCCCUUCGCUCUCAAUGCCCCCAAAACGACCAUCCUCCCCAUAAUCCUCCCGCCUGCGACACUCCGGCCACUCGCCUUUCGAACCUUUACAAAGAAACACUCGCUCACCUUAACCUCGUCUGCGCUACAGGAGCUAGCUGGCUUCAUCGGGCGGCACUGCGGCUCCGGAUGGCGGGAGGAAGGCCUAGCCGAGCGCGUGCUCGAGGAGAUUGCGCGAUCAUGGAAGAAUAGGAAUGGCGGUGUCAUGGUGGACGGCGCCUCGAAGGAACUCCACGAUAUCCUCAAGACCUUGGAGGGAAACAUGUCCGGCGGCAAAAUCACAGGGCCCAACCGAGGUCUGCAACGGAGUGACUCACUGCUCAGCGGCGAGGAUGACCUGAACACGAGAUUAGGUCUACGACCAAGCGGACCGCCUCGAGAGGACAGCAAUGCAAGUUUUGGCAUGUCAGCGCUGGGUGUGCAGGAAGAACAGGGCGACGAGGAUGACGAGGCAAACGAUCCUCGAGCGUGGCUGCAGGUGGUAGAUGCGUACCAGCAGCCUCGUCUGCUGUUCAAUGUGGGUAAGAAACACUUUGAGAGGGAGACCUCGAAGCCGUCGUUGCUACCGCCAGCCGAUCACAAAACGACAUUGUUCCGAAAUCGAUACCAUGUCAUCCACCAACGGAUCCUUCGAAACGAAGCCUUUCAGACAUCAUCGGUCUCUGCAUCGCGAAAGCACCAUGUCGGGAAAGAGACGGUGGCCAACCAGCAGUCUCUAAAGAUUACGCCCAUAGCGAACUUGCUAGGACGCCACGGCUCUAGCCACAUGCUCCUCGGCCUGCUGGUGACACUUCCGUCCGGUGGUAUCGCUAUUUCAGACCUCUCGGGCACUAUCGCACUCGAUCUCAAGUCUGCGGUCUCCAUCCCGGCCGACUCGGCGUGGUUCUGCCCAGGGAUGAUCGUCCUCAUCGAUGGUGUCUACGAGGAAGAGGACGAGUCUCACGGCAAGGGUUUUAGUGGGACCUCUGGCGUGGGAGGUGUGUUGGGUGGUAAAUUCCAGGGGUUCUUCAUCGGCCAGCCGCCAUGUGAGAAGCGCAAGGCAACGCUUGGUAUCAGCGACGGAAGCGGGAGCGACCACACCAUUGGCGGCGGGUUUGGAUGGAUCGAUUUCUUGGGUGUCGGGUCCUCACGCGCUCUCGGCAGCAAGAUGAGGCGCCUUCAGAAUCGGUUGCUGUCCCCGUCGUUUGAGGGGAGAAGGAACAAGAUUGUCAUCCUGGGAGAGCUGAAUCUGGACAAUCCUCGGGCUCUGCAGGCACUGCGACAGAUCCUGUCCACCUACAACACCCCCGAACCUCUAUCCUUUGUCAUGACGGGAAAUUUCACCACGCAUGCCGUGCUGGCACGUGGGGGGAGCAGUGGUGGCUCCAUUGAGUAUAAGGAGUAUUUCGAUGCUCUGGCGUCUGUCCUCGCCGACUUUCCUCACCUACUGCAAGCAUCGACGUUUCUCUUCGUGCCGGGCGACAACGACGGUUGGGUCUCAUCAUUCACUGCGGGGGCAUCGACGCCCUUGCCCCGGAAAGGGGUGCCAGAAAUGUUCACAUCGCGCGUGCGGAGAGCUUUCGCGACGGCAAACGCAGAUAAUGCUGCAGGUGUAAAGGGCGAGGCGAUAUGGGGGAGCAAUCCCGCUCGGAUGACCGUUUUCGGCCCAGAACACGAAAUUGUCGUCAUGAGGGACGACAUGUCGUCUCGUCUGCGUCGAACGAGCGUGCACCUGAAACCUCCACCGGAUUCUGGGCAGGAUGUGCCUGAAGAGGUACAGGGAGAUGCUAUGGAUCUUGACGUGGCGGCACCCUCAUUUUCCACUCCGGAAGGAAUGGACGUCAGUCAGACGAACGACGAGGGCGUGAGUGAGGGCUAUAAACCGGAGAGCAAGUCGGACACCCACGCCGCGCGCAAAAUGGUCAAGUCCAUCCUCGAUCAGGGGUACAUGUCACCGUUCCCGCCUUCGAUCCGACCAGUACAUUGGGACUUUGCAUCAAGCCUACACAUAUACCCCCUUCCCACCGCCAUGGUGCUGGUCGAUACCUCUGCGCCCACCUUUUGCGUGACGUACGAGGGGUGCCAUGUGAUGAACCCCGGGAGUGUACUUGUUGAGGGACGCAGAGGCGUCGGGCGAUGGAUCGAGUACGAGGUGAGUGGACUGGGGAGGAUGAGGGAAUGUACCUUUGGCAUCAACAAAGGCACGGCCAAAUAA